CGCAGCGCGCCCAAAAUGGCGGCGCGGUCGUCGUCGGGGGCGGCGGCGGUAGAGGGGGCGGUGGCGGUGGCGACGGCGGCCGUGACUGCGGCGCAGGUCCCGGGCCGGGGGCAAUGAGGCUGGCCCGCCGCGGAGCCGUGUAGCGGACACACAGACCCUCCUCCCCGCCUCGGCCAGGCCGGGGGCGCGCGCGCGCGACCGUCCGCAGCAGGCACCCCUCUCCGGACUCCGAGGCCCCGCACGGCACCCCCACCCGGGCCCGGAGGAUGAUGAAGCUCAAGUCGAACCAGACCCGCACCUACGACGGCGACGGCUACAAGAAGCGGGCCGCGUGCCUGUGCUUCCGCAGCGAGAGCGAGGAGGAGGUGCUGCUCGUGAGCAGUAGCCGCCAUCCAGACCGAUGGAUUGUCCCCGGAGGAGGCAUGGAGCCCGAGGAGGAGCCCAGUGUGGCAGCGGUCCGAGAAGUCUGUGAGGAGGCUGGAGUGAAAGGGACGCUGGGAAGACUGGUUGGAAUUUUUGAGAACCGGGAGAGGAAGCACAGGACGUACGUGUACGUGCUCAUUGUCACAGAAGUGCUGGAGGACUGGGAAGACUCAGUGAACAUUGGAAGGAAGAGAGAGUGGUUUAAAAUAGAAGAUGCCAUAAAAGUGCUGCAGUGUCACAAGCCCGUGCAGGCGUCGUACUUUGAGACGUUGAGGCAAGGCUACUCUGCCAACAACGGCACCCCUGUCGUGGCCGCCACCUACUCCAGCUCUGUGUCAGGCAUCAGAUGACUGCAGACUUCCUGUAAGAGCCGGAGAGUGGAAACCAGACUCGGUGUGGCUCUCCUCACCACCCCUCACCCUCCACACAGCUCCUCUUUGACCCGGGCAUGGUGGGCAGCAGAGGGUACCCUGAGGUGCUGCUGUGGGGGGCGGGGUGAUGGGGGGGUGUGUGGCGUGGUGGGAACUUUUCUCUUUCUCUUUUUCCUGAGGUGGGGACUGGGAUGUAACUCAUGAGUACUCUCCUGCAUGCUCCGUCCUCCCUUGCUCGCCCUGCCCUCAGAGAGGGAACCCGUUCUCCCCUCCCUGGGUUCUCAAGCGUUCCCAUUUGCCUCAUCCCAGCCUGGCC